UCUCUUGAAAGCUGUCGUGCUAAAAUGUUGUUCCAUGCGCAUGUGCCCCAUCACGGACUUGAUUGGUUCAUAGAUCUCAAGGUUAUGAUACAUGAUAACAUUUAGGUCGUUGACACCCCGAUUAUUAGCCUGGAAUCUAACCAUUCAGAGUGCCUUUCUCUGUGCGUCCAAGGUCUCGCGACAAGACACGGUACCCAGUCCAGUGGAUCAUAUGUGUCCUGACAUCCUAGUAAGUUGUGUGUAACUUACUGUUAUCGACUGACAAACGACAGUAAAACAAGAUGGCUGUACACCACCUCCCUACACUCUUGACCUUACUCCUUGCUGUGGUAAUGUUCAUAGCCGUCAUAAUCAUCAAUGCAUUGGGCGGCCGGCCUGAGCAAUCUGGUGGACUAUUUCUUCACAGCGUGAGUAACUUAUCUGAUAAAUAUUACACAGAAAUCACUCCAGCUGGCUGGACGUUCUCAAUCUGGGGUGUGAUUUACACAUGGAACAUAUUGUGGCUGAUCUACGCCCUCACAACAAUCUUUCGCAAGAAUGGAACAGACUACGUAUACGUGCGCCCUCGAGUGUUGACUCCCCUGUUUUACGCUACGUUUUCUUUGAACCUGGGACUGAAUAUUGGGUGGUUGAUUUUGUUUGACAGGGAAUAUCUACUAGUGUCUUUGUUUUGUUUGGCUUUAAUUGCCUUUACCUUGUAUGUUUGUAUAUUUAUUAGUCAUUUCAAUUUGUACCGAAAUCUCCACGAAUUAUCUAAUAUUGACGUCUGGGCAAUUCGGGUACUUGUCCAUAACGGUUUGGCCAUGUACGCUGCAUGGAGCUCCCUGGCAACCAUUCUAAACCUGAGCAUAGUGUUAAGAUACGUUGCAGAUGUGGACCAAUCCACAGUGACCAUCGUUGCCUUGACGAUAGUAUCAAUUGAAGUAACUGCGUGGUUCGUGAUAGAGCAAUAUACGGUGUUAGAGAAAUACUUGCGCUACACAAUCACUCCAUAUUUUGUCGUUAUUGUCUUUCUAAUCGGUAGUAUCUCCAAAAAUUGGCACGUUACUAAUGUUACUACCGCGCUUGCUUCCACCUUGGGCGUGGCUAUCGUCUUAUUGAUAGCACGGGUAGUAUUACUUAUGUGGCGACAUUUUACACAGCCCAUUGUUACCAUGGUGACAAAAGAGUAGGCAUACCGUACUCAAAUAAACAUGACCAAACCAUUAAGCAAAUAUUAUAUCAAAUGUACGAGAUGGCAAUUCAUAAAAAAAAUAAUCCAACUUCCAUAUGAGGACAAUUCUUUGGGUGAACGCUACACAGGUUUGACUGUAAGUAAUUUUUUUCUAUGUAGGUCUGAACCAGUGGUUAUGUUUUUUAACCAGUGGGCAGGCAUGUGGUGGUUGAUUUCUUGAGCGAGUUUAAUAUAAGUAAUGUAACUGUAAUUAUAUUAAUUGACAACUUCAUGUGUUGAUGUAGCUAUUUUUUUAAUUUGAUGGACAGUUAGAUAUAAUUUUGUAUUUGGCUGGUGUGAUUAUUUAGGAUGAUUGUAUAGGAUGGUGAAGAUAGUCUCUAAAAAUAUAAAAUCAUUGCAUGUGUUAGAAAGUUUGCAUACACUUGUAUUUGAAUCUAUAUUUUGCAGACUAUUCAUUACCAAUCACAGUACACGCUUUGAAAGCAUCUUUCAUUUCAAAUUUUCUUUUAGCAAAAUGUUGGUCAUUAUCAGUGUGCUUCAGUUUAUAACAAGAAUGAUUUUUAAAAUUGAAUUCUCCAAAUUUAAUUUGAGUCUGCUUUUUGACUGCUUUGGAAAAAAAAUUUCAAUGAAAUAUACAAUUAGAAGUAAAUUUAUAUGUGUCUUGAGCACAAACGAAAAUGUUAUGGCAUCGUGAUCUUUCCGUGUAUGCUUAUUUUGUGUAUAAAGUGUUUACUGAAUUGAAUUUCGUUUGAAUCACCAAAUUACAAAUCCGGAAAAUAUAGUAAGAUAUUUUUAAAGAUCACUAUAUACGAUUUUCUGUUGCAUCAACGACGUGUCUGAGAAUACGCAUAGCUAGUUAUGUCACACCUAAUCUCUGCGAGUCAGCGACGUCUCGUAUAAAUAGGCUCAGAGGGCAUCAAAUAUGUGUUUAGCUAAAUGACGUAUAUACUACUGGUGUUUAGUGUAUAUGUUAUUUUGUUUAUAUUCCAGUUACUGUUUUUUUUUUUAUCUGACCCAAUGUAGUUACCAUGACAACAUAUUUUGUUGAACAGUGUACUGUUUAUGUAAUAAAAAUGAAAAAAAAAA